AUGCCCUUCUCUUCCUUGUUCUCGCCGGCGUCGGAUGCAAACUCCGGGUUAUUCCGGAUGCGGAAGGUGAGCCCAUCACCUUCUCCCUCUCCCUCCGCGCAUAGGGCCGACCGGCGCAGGCCGGCGAGGCAGGUCAGAGCAAGCGCAAGCGCGCGCGAGCGGGGCCGGCAGCGCGCUCUAGCGGAGCGAGCGGGGCAGCUGCUUGCCGACGCGCGCGGGGGAAGGCAGGCAGGGGCCGCGGCGUGGCUGUGGAGCUCCGAGGACGAACGCGCGCUCGACGCCCGCACAGGGGGUGUGCUUCACGGACGCGCCUUCCUCCCCCUCGAUUCCCCCGCCGCCAAAUCCGAGGGUUUUUUUCCCGCCCCAAAUGGAGGAGGUCGAAGCUCGAGCUCCAUUCCUGCAUCAGACGGUCGGAUGCAGAGGCAUCGUGCCCCAGGAUGCCGCCGCCGCUCGCCGAGACGCCGCCACCGGCCCGAUCUACAGAAGCCCAGCCACGCGAACACGAAGGCAUCGUGCGCUAGGACGCCGCCGCCCGCGGCUGCUGCUGCUCGUCGUCGCUCCAGCAUCCCCGGCCCAGCGCGAGCACGCCUCCUCCUGUGGCCCAGCGCACCUCCGCCCACCGUCAGCCCAGCGCAUCGCUCCGGCGUCACAGGCAAAGCAGCGCGGUGGAGGCCAGGAACCCGACGCCCAGCGCGCCUGGGGGGCUGAUUGCUUUUCUGUUUUAGAUCAAGGGGUGUGUGUGUAAAUUUUUUGCUCUUACAAUCUGGCCCCAAUUGUCAGAAUGUUGUUAAAUGGGACAAAUCACCGUAUCAGUGGAAUUUGCAAAAAAGUUUACUAGAAACACGGUGAUUUUUGGACAAAA